ACACGGAUUAAGGUGCAGAAAGGUCAAAAGGUGAAAACUGCAAUUGCAGGAACAGCCGACAGGCUCGUGCACAGGAACAGGUCGGCUGCCUGCUAAAUCCUCAAGCACUGUACCGAUAAUAGUCCGAGGCAAUUUGACUCGAUCGUAUCGUCUCGUUCUUGUCAAACCAAAUCCUUGUGUAACUACACAAGGAUUUGAAUUCCUUCAACGAAUGACCUUGAAUUCAUUCUCCAUUUACUGACAGAUAUCUGUGUACUCAUGUGCACAUGACAAUUCCAUGUCGGCAACUGUUGUCUGGGGGGAUGAAGGACUUGCUCUGGUGUAUGAGUCAUGGUACAAAACACGACGCACUCGAACUUGGAUGAUUGCACCUGGGAAUCUUGAAGCACAAGGGCGUAAGCUUUUUGAUCGCUCAUCAGAAGAUGUCUACGCAGAUCCUGGUUCACCCAUGCUUCGCAGAACUUCUCUUGGAAGGUACGUUCUUGCAGGUGUCAAAGACGCUGAUGGCAAGAAGAGGCUGCUCCUGAAUGGAAGUGGCGCGACCCCACAAGGCAAUAUCCCUUUCUUGGAUCUGCUGGAAAUCGAGUCAGGUGAAAAACAGCGAAUUUGGGAAAGCAGCAAGGAGACUUAUUUCGAGACAGUCGUAGCUUUGAUGUCAGAUCAGUUGGAUGGAGAUCUGGACCUGAACAAGUUACGUAUUUUGGUCUCAAAGGAAUCUCAAACCGAACCACCUCAGUAUUAUCUGCGAUCCUGGCCUGAGCAAACUGUCUGUCAAAUUACAGACUUCCCUCAUCCGAAUCCUCAAAUAGCUAAUCUGAAGAAGGAGAUUAUACGAUACGAACGGAGCGCUGGUGUGCAACUUACAGCAAAUUUGUAUUUACCUCCAGCGUAUGACCCGGCUACUGAUGGGCCACUGCCACUGCUAAUGUGGGCAUACCCAAGGGAAUUCAAGAGCAAAGAUAACGCUGGCCAGAUGAGAGGAUCACCUUAUAGUUUUGCAGGCAUUGGAUCUACUUCAGCAUUGUUGUGGUUGGCUAGAAGAUUUGCUAUUCUGGAUGGUCCGACCGUGCCCAUCAUUGGCGAAGGAGACGAGGAGGCCAAUGGCAGGUACGUGGUCUAUCGUAAUUUACUCGCAAUUGUUCGCUUAGUGACGCUGCAUAUCAUUUACCUUCAGCCGGAGCCCCGAUGUCACAAGAGUACUUGCGAAACGGACGCGAUGACAUCAGAGACGGAAGUAAGUACUUGCGUGCGUGCGUGCGUGCGUGCGUGCUAUCAUUCGAAAAGAUUCACUUCGGCCCCGAGCCUGGUAUGGUGGUAUAGGAUAACGGGCUGAGUGUAUAUGAGGAAGGGGCUGUCCAGAGCAAGAACGCAAGAACUUAUAAAGCAGACACACCGAGUGAAGAGAAGAAUGCGCAUGGUUCUUUGAAUGGGACGUCUUCUUGCGUGUGAUUUGAGGACUUGCCUUUGGCGCAUAUCAAUUCGACACAUCCAAGUAAGGUGGGCGACAUUUUUUAGUCCACAACAUCGGUCCGUGCAUGAGGAUGUGCUGCAGCACCGAUGAACAGGCAGGCACUGUACUGGAAUACUUUAUUACAGAUUUCCAGCAGUCUCAAACGCAGCUCCCCGACCUAUUAUAUUGUAUUGACCCCGUAUU